UGUUUUUUUUUCUACAGAUUUUAUUUGUGUUAUCUUUGAUAUAUUUAAUACAAUAUGAAUAGAAAGUGACAUUUAAAUCUCAUUUGAGAUUAAGCUAUUGAUACGUAGUUCCUUGUAAAGGAGUAUAAGUUAAUAAUAAUGGCCUUAAAAAAUCGUCGAAAUAAAGGAAAUUUAAAAAUUCAAGUUUCGGAGGAAACUCCUAUUCCAGUUACUCCACCAAGAAAUCUUGAUAAAAGAACCACGAUUACUAUAGGAGAUAAAACAUUUGAAGUAGAUGCUGAUGAUUUAGAAAUGCUUUCUAUACUUGGCCGAGGAGCUUAUGGAGUUGUGGACAAGAUGAAACAUAAACAAAGUGGUACCGUUAUGGCAGUUAAAAGAAUUACAGCUACAGUUAAUACUCAAGAACAAAAGCGAUUAUUAAUGGACUUAGAUAUUUCAAUGCGUAGUUCAGAUUGUCCAUUUACUGUACAGUUUUAUGGAGCACUUUUCCGAGAAGGCGAUGUUUGGAUUUGUAUGGAGGUUAUGGAUAUGAGUCUUGAUAAAUUUUAUACGAAAGCAUAUAAAUCUAGUUGUUCAAUCCCUGAAGAUAUAUUGGGAAAAAUAUCAUUUGCAGUAGUAAGUGCAUUGCAUUACUUAUAUUCACAGUUAAGAGUGAUUCAUCGAGAUGUAAAGCCUAGUAAUAUAUUAAUUAAUCGAAUAGGAGAAGUAAAGAUCUGUGAUUUUGGAAUUUCUGGGUACUUAGUUGAUUCCGUUGCAAAAACUAUUGAUGCUGGUUGUAAGCCGUAUAUGGCGCCAGAAAGGAUAGAUCCAACAGGUAAUCCUUCGCAAUAUGAUAUAAGAUCAGAUGUCUGGUCCUUAGGAAUAUCUUUACUUGAACUUGCAACUGGAAAAUUUCCUUAUGAAACAUGGGGUACACCAUUUGAGCAGUUGAAACAAGUAGUCAAAGACGAGGCUCCAAAAUUACCAUCAAACAAAUUCUCUUCUGAAUUUGAAGAGUUUAUUAAUAAAUGCUUAAUGAAAAACUAUGCAGCACGGCCUAAUUACAAUCAAUUGCUUGAGCUUAGUUUUAUUUCAAAACAUGCUGAAAAAGAUACAAAUGUAGCAGCAUUUGUUGCAGAAAUAUUAGAUUUACCAGAUGCAGAACAAUCCACGUAGUAAUAAUAUGUUUCAGUUCUUUUUAUGGAAGUUAUUAUUUUUUUAAAUAUUAUAACUUAGCAAAAUUUGUUAAGUUAUAUUAUUGCUAAAUUAUUCAUCUAUCAUCAUUCUCUAAUAAUAUAAAAUUUUAUAAAUA